GGAAUUUUUCUCGCUGUAUCCCAAUUGCUUUUUGGAAAAAUAUGAAUAGGACUCGAGCGAGUUCAACCCCCAACUUACACCCUUCUUCAACAGACUCUGAACAGCACGAUGAUUCGAGUUUAGAAGGUGUCACUGCAACUGUCAGGUUGUUGCUGAAACUAAUUCAAGAUCACAAAGAAGCAUGCGCUAAAGAGAAAAAUGAUAGCAGAAGAAUGCUAAGGGUGGCUGGAAUGAUGACCAUUCUUGACAAUGUUAGAGCGCGGAUUCAAAAGUGUCAAUCUUCUGGCAAGAGAAAGGAAGCCGAGCUGAGGCGGUGCAACACUGAACUCCUUAGGCCUAGUAAUGUCCCAAGGGACAAAAGGCCCACUGAACCUGUUGAUGAGAAAGACUUGUUAAGAAGAGAGAUCAUUGCAUGUUCCACCGCACGUAAGAGCCUUGAAGUCAUGUGUUGUAGCAUAGGAAAGGAGAAACAGAUUAUGGCAGCUGAAUUAGCUAGGAAGGUUCAAGAAUUGAAUGGAAUAGAGGAACUUGUCAAUGACCUUAAAGCACAAAAUAAGACAUUGCUGGCAAAAGUUCAAGAGUGUGCUGCUGAGCACAAACAGAGGAAAACAAGUGAUGGAGGAGGAGAUAUACAUGGGAAUGCAAUCCUCCAAGAGAAAAACAAUGCACUUUCAGAGCAACUAUUGAGGUCAAUCGACGGGUAUAGAUCUGUGAAGAGGAAGUUAAAAGAAGCACAAAAGGAGAACGUGGCAAUGUGCACCACGAUGGAGGAAAUGGGGGUGGAGGUUGGAGUUUGCCUGGAGAGAGUCCGGGGCUUCAAACGACGGGUGGCAAUAGGGAAUGAACAACCGGUAGAUAUUGAAGAGGAUAUUUCAGAGUUGGAGCACUUGUUUGAGUGCUUUGAAAUGAAGGUUUUGAAACACGGGCAAAGGAAAAGCAAUUGUGUUAAGCCAAAAGACAAGAUCAGUGCCUGUAAGCCAUCUGUUCUUGCAUGUGAACAAGGGUAACUUAGAACCAGAUAUUUCCUUAAUGUUUUUUGCUAAUAUUUUCCAUUUAAAAACAAAAAAAACUAUAAUAAAAGGGAGUCAGUUUCAAUGUAUCAAAAUAGGAAUGAUUAGUGAUGUUGCACUUGCACAUUGUUCAUAUGCAAUUGAUUGGUUCAGUUCA